UGCUUAACUGAGCAUUUAUUUUUAAUAUAUUGGACUACCAUAUUCGGUCUCUAGUCUUUGUAUCUGUGGCUACUGUGUGUAUAAUCUUCUGCCACAUUUUGUUAUGUGGUUAUCGGACUUCGAACUGAAUGCUGUACGCAUAUUUUCUAUUUUGAAUAACAAACAAGUAUUGUCCUGAUUGUUCUUUUUUCCUGAAGAAAGUAAUGGUAUUUCUUUUCUAAUGUGGACUUCAUACGUUUUCAUUAGGCAUUGCACAUUUGGAAAACUGGAAAACAUCUUAUAAAAAUUCUUUUUAGUAGUUUUAACAGCACCACUGAAAGUUUCCUACCUAAAUUUUAUUUGAAGGAAAAGGAUUUGUACUUCAAUUCGAAUGAUGCAUACUCUUCUGUAAUAAAGAGCCUGCUUGGUUUAGUACCAAUGUUGGCAUGCCAAAAUCUAGGCAUUCCAAUUUUUUCUACCAAAAUAUCAGAAUUGAACUUAAUUUGGUGGGCAGUGUUUUUGGCUUUCAACCAAACAAGUGCCAAAACUUAUUGGCUUGCUAACAUUUUGGCAAUGCCAACAUUUUGGAAGCGAACCAAUCAGGCCAAAAAUCUUGGUUGCAAAUGACAAUGUUAUUAGAUGUAUAUGCUGUAUUUGCUUUGUAUAAGUCAUGUACCUGAUUUACUUGUACCUCAAGCCAUACGGCCUAUAUAUAUAAAGGUCACCCCCCCCCCUCCUAGGGUGUGUGGUGUUUGCCCAACUCUCUACAUGGUAUCACGAGACCGGGCCCUACCCUAGCCCUGGCCGUGCGCCUCAUCCCCCUUCUGCUGCCCUAGGUGUGCUGCUCCCUGCCGUGGGCCUGACCUCCCCCCUCCAUAGCAGAUCCAAUCUGCUCCGGCGUGCAAAUCCCUGCACGUCGUCCACCACACCACCGGCGCCUCCUCCCUAUAGGUCGCGCCAUCCCCUCCUCCUUCUCCUCCCUGGUUGAUGUCCUCCUCCAUCACGGACAGUGCAUCCUCCCCUAGCACCACCAACAUGGGAGAUGCCAUCAUCCCCUUUGCCACCGUCAACGUCAAGUCCCACGUCCCUGUGACACUGGAACUUCGCGCCGGCAACUACACCAAGUGGAGCACCUACUUCAAGGCCAUGUGCGGCAAGUUUGGACUCAAGCACAUCGACGGGACAGCAGCUCCUGCCGCCCCUGAUGACACCUGAAUCCAAACUGACUGCUGCGUCCGCAGCUGGCUAUACGGCUCCGUCUCUGAAUCUGUGCUAGACUUCGCCAUGGCACCGGAUCAGACGGCGCGCCAGCUCUGGGUCGCCAUGGAUGCCCACUUCACGGCGAACAGGGCUCCGCGCUGCAUCUACCUCAGCCAUGAAUUCCACAACAUCAACCAAGGCGACCUCUCUGUUGAAGAUUACGGCCAGAAGGUCAAGCAGGCUGCUGAUCGCCUUCGCGAUGCUGGGGAACAAGUCGCAGAGAGCACCCUCGUCCUCAACCUCCUGCGUGGCGCCAACCCCAAGUUCAGCACCACCUGCGACUUCAUCGCCGGCACGCCCGGCAUGACCUUCGCCACGGCCCUCGACCAGCUCGCCCUGAAGGAGCUCCGCCUCGCGCACGGAGCCUCCGUCACCGCCAACACUGCCCUGGUCGCAUCGCCCUCCUCUACUGGUUGUGGCUCUGCCUGCCGCCUCUCCUCGGCGCCCUCCGGCGUGCCACAGCAGCAGCAGCGCCGCCACAGGAAGAAGCGCAACGGCGGCGGCGGACAGCAAGGCGGCGGCGGGGGCGGACAGCAAGGCGGCGGCAGCGGCGGCUACCAGCAGGGCGGCCAGGCCGCGCGCCCCCCCUACCCGACCGGCCCGUGGUUCUGUUUCAAUCCAUGGGCCGCCCAGUCGGGAGGACAGGCGGGCGUUUGGGCCGGCCAGGGAGCUGGCUACCGUGGAGGCCCAUCCACCACGGGCGGGUGGAGCGGACAGGGUUUGCUGGGCCCUACGCCACAGCAGGCCCACACCGCCUUCGCCCCAUCUCAGCUCUCCCAGGCUCCUGCGCCUUCCUGGGACCAGGCAGGCCUCGUCGCCGCUCUCCAACAGAUGUCUCUCCAAGGCUCGUCUCCGUGGGUCAUGGACACCGGCGCCACCACCCACAUGCACUCCUCUGAAGCCACAACAUUAACCGGGCUUCAUUUUGUGGCUACAACCUUGAUGACAAUCGUGUUUCGGUGGUUAGGCCUGAGCCAGCCCUCCCAGUUACCGGUAGCGGAUCUGAUUAAAUUUGUGAUAUUUUCAAACUUGUCAAUUGUUGGGAUGAACGUGAGCUUGAUGUGGAACUCUGUGGGCUUUUAUCAGAUAGCAAAGCUGUGCAUGAUACCUGCUUCAUGUCUUCUGGAGAUUGUCUUUGAUCAUGUACAUUAUUCCCGCGACACAAAGCUGAGCAUAAUGGUUGUGCUUAUAGGAGUUGCAGUCUGCACGGUUACUGAUGUCAGUGUGAAUGCAAGAGGUCUAAUUGCGUCUGUUAUAGCUGUUUGGAGCACAGCCUUGCAACAAUAUUAUGUUCAUUUUCUUCAAAGGAAGUACUCUCUGAACUCGUUCAACCUCCUGGGCCACACUGCUCCAGCCCAAGCAGGGUCCCUCCUGCUACUGGGACCAUUUAUGGAUUACUUGUUGACAGGCAAAAGGGUGGAUCACUUCAAUUUCUCAUCUCUUGCUCUGUUUUUCCUCACACUCUCAUGCUUCAUCGCCAUUGGGGUUAAUUUGAGCCAAUUCAUCUGCAUCGGGCGGUUCUCUGCUGUGUCGUUCCAAGUGCUGGGCCACAUGAAGACUGUGCUUGUUCUGUCCCUUGGGUUUGUCUUCUUUGGCAAGGAGGGCCUGAAUCUUCAGGUAGUCCUCGGGAUGGUCCUCGCUGUUCUCGGAAUGAUCUGGUACGGUAACGCGUCGGCUAAACCAGGAGGCAAAGAAAGGCGCAGCAUCCUACCAGUGAGAUCUGGGAGUCUCAAGGGAAGUUCAGAAGAAACGGAUGGUGCUGAGAAAUAGUCUUUGCUACUACCAGACUCCAAAUGAGAUGGGUACAGGGAAAUUUUCUGUGAGAUUAAAUUUCUGGUGAUGCGUGUAUCACAAAAAUAGAAACUCUGGCUUUACAUAGUAUGUUUACUGCACAGGGUAAACUACCCUUCCUGUCUAGAAACUUGGGAUUGUUAUAGUUACAGGUAUACAGUAGUGACACUUUAAUUUCUGUCUGUGGAUCAUUGGUACGGUAGCCAGGCGAAUGUCACAUGUAUUACGAGGCUUGCUUGAAGACAGUUUAACCCAAUAUAGUCUUUUUUAUCUUUUUUGGAAAA